AUGGCCAAUCUCGGCAUCCAAUCGCCAACGCGGCAAACAGCAGCCUUCCACCUCCCCUCCUCAUCCUCCUCCUCCGUCGCCUCCGGCUCCGGCUACGAAGACGACGACGCCCCGCUCCCUUUCCCCGCCGCCCUCCCGCGAUCCGACUUCCUCGCUCCCGGCUUCCACCCGGCAAACUACCUCUCCGCCCUCCCGCACCGCCACCAGACCCUCGACGACCUCAAAGCAGAGCUCCGCGACCGCAGCGCCGCCAUCAGCGCCGAGCUGCUGGAGCUCGUCAAUGGGAACUACACCGCCUUCUUGUCUUUGGGCAACGAGCUGCGUGGCGGCGAAGAGAGGGUUGAGAAUGUGCGUGUUGCCAUGCUCGGGUUCCGGAGGGCCGUGGAGGAGAUCAAGGGGAAAGUGAGGACGCGCGGGGAGGAGGUCCAGGGGUUGAGCGGGGAGUUGAGAGAGGUAAGGAGGGGUAUUGAGACCGGGAGGAAGAUGCUUGAGCUGGAUGAGAGAGUGUCUUCGCUCGAGGAGCGGCUUUCGCUUGCGAGUCUGCCUGGGAAGGCAAAGACGGGUGACGGCGGCGAGGGAGAGGAAGAAGAUGAUGACUGGGACGCGGAUGAUAGCGAGGAGUCUGACGAGGAAGAGGAUGAUGAUGAUGUGGGCGGGCUGGUGGGUAGCAGCCCUGCGAAGCUGGCUGGCUUUACGCAAGACUUUUGCAUCGUCGAAGCUCUGGCGGACGCUAUUGGAAGGGAUACCCCGUUUGUGGUCAAGGCUGAGGCUCGAAUGGUGAGGUGUCGGAACACAAUUCUCCUGGAUCUCGGCACGGCGAUGAAGGAAGCACGCAAGGCGGGCAAGAAGGGCCAGGCGAGGACAGUCAAGUACUUGGGCUUGUACGGAUUGCUUGACGCCCAGGCUGAGGCGAUCAGGGCCCUCAAGAGCAGCUGA